AUGACUCGAAGAUUGGAAAUUGGACUGAAUCCGAUAACCAGAGAUCCAACUCCGGAAGAUAUUUUUAAUGAAUUAAAUAUUCGUUAUCGUGUUUGUUUCAAGCCUGUUAAGAAAAGCUGUGACGCAGAAGAAUGUAUCUGUGUAUGUAACCGACGAGUGGAAGAUCACACUGAUCGAGUUACAGAAUCGGGUGCCAAAAACUGGGAUAUGUUACGUAAUACCUACGAGAAAUUAAAUCCUGUUCAUGGCCAACUUCUAGAUGGUGGAUUCUUUACACGAUUAGCUUUGGAUACAUCUGAAGGGAAAGUAGAAAAAAUUCUACUUGAUGUCUGGAAAAUUCCCAAACCCAGAUUAAUUAUGUCGAUUAUUGGUGGUGCAAAAUAUUUUACAUUGAGUGAUCGACUUGAAACAAAUUUUAUUAAUGGUAUUAUCAAUGUUGCUCUUAAAUCAGGUGCGUGGCUAAUUACCAAUGGCUAUAAUGUUGGUAUUGUCCAACUUGUUGGACAAGCAAUCCACAAAGUUAAAUUAACAAAUCCAAAACGACAAAUAACAGCUAUCGGAGUUUGUAAAUGGGGAAGCGUAAAAGAUGUUGAAAAACUAACAGAACCUCCUCAUACAAGGAAACAGCGAGCGAACGAUAGACACUGCUAUAAUGACGGUGACGAAAAACUGAAAAAACGUGAAAGUGGUGAACGCGACCUUGAAAUGAACCAUAGCCAUUAUCUUAUGUUAGAUGAUGGAAGACUUCGAUAUUAUGAUAUAGGAGAUUAUCGAACACGAUUAUGUGCUCAUCUCGGAAAAUUAGAGCAUGACUAUGAUUUUCCCGUUCCUGUUAUUACAAUUGUGGUCGAAGGUGGUCGAGAUACUAUAACAAAUAUGUACAAUGAUUUGCGAGCUAAUAUUCCUGUGGUUAUUAUCGAUGGUAGUGGUCGUGUGGCUGAUUUUUUCAAACAUUGGCUAUUAUACACAAAAGAAUUUGAUGAUGCUAGUAAAGAUGCUGACAUAACAUAUGAAAUAAAUGAAAUUGAUAAAGUGAAACGAGUGAGCUCUGCAACUUCAAAUCAAGAAGGUCUACCAGGUUCAAGAACAAGCUAUACGAAUGUUAGACUUCGACUUGAUAAAUCCAGAAAUGUACUUCGAGAAAUGUUUCAAAAAUAUGAAGCACAACUACAAGCAGAUCUUAAUCCUAUUAUAAAUCAUGAUGAGGAUUCGAAUAAGAAAAAACGAAAGCCUCCAACACCAACUGACUCAAAGGAUGAACCAUCAAUUAUAAUAGAUAAAACACUCAGUCAAGUUAUGUAUUGUCUUCAGCCUGCUGUACGUUCUGGUAUAUCUGUGUUUAAUUUAAAUUCUGAGAAUAAUUUUUCGGAAACAAUUUUCCGAAGUAUUUGUAAAUCACGUAAAAAAUAUUUCGAAAAAAAAGAAACUGAUCAAAACGAUGCAAUUGAAUCAAAUCUACGAAAACUUAAACCAUUACCUAGCUCACAAGAUAGAAAGCGUCAAUCAAAUGCACGUCAUAAUAUUAAUAGAAAAGAUCAGAUUGCACAACGAACACAAUUGCUACAGUUAGCAAUGGACUGGAAUUGUAUCGAUGUGGCAAAAGAAUUAAUACUAGAAAAUUCAUUAGAUAAUAUAUUGAACAAAGAAUAUACGUUUAUAUAUGCUUUAACAAAGAAUUUACCAACCUUUGUCUAUGAAUUUCUUAAACUGGGUAUUGAUCCAAGUAAAAUAUUUUUUCCGAACGAUGAAUUUUUCAAAGGAACGAGUCGAUAUAAAAAAUUUAUUGAAGAUUUAUAUACAGAUGCAGCAGUGAAUAGUGACACAACGCAUUUACGUUGGUUUGUUGAAUCAGAUUCAGAUAUUUUUGAAAAACAUAUUCAAAGAACGGAUGAUCUUAAUGCUGUUAUUUCUGUACUUAUUGGUGAUUAUAUGAGUAAACUCUACUUUGAUAGCGAUAGAAAGGAGAUGACAUAUCGAUCGUUGUGGGGUUUAAACAAAGAAGAUGCCGAACAAAAUACAAUCACUGUUCAGGUUGGUGCAGACGACGAGGAUCCUAUCGAUAAAGAAAAUAGACAAAAAAUUGAAGAUUAUACGAUGCGAGAUUUAUUUUUAUGGUCGAUACUUAUGUAUCAUAUGGAUUUGGCUAAAGUUUUGCUAAGCUAUUUAAAAUAUCGAAUAUGUGCUGCAUUGAUAGCUACAAAAAUUUUAAAAGAAUAUCAUAGAAAAGCUACUCAUGGUGAAUUAAAAGAUAGUUAUAUGAAGAAUGCUGAUUAUUUUCAACAAUAUGCUAUUGAUUGUGUAACUCAAUGUGAAAAAAAUGAUCCAGAACAAGCAUGCCAAAUUAUUUUACAACGAAUAGAACUCUAUGGCAAUGUUACCUGCCUUCAAGUUGCUGCUGAUGCACACGAUAAAUUAUUUAUUGCAAUACCAUGCUGUGUUCAAGCUAUGAAUAAUAUUUGGUUUGAUAAAAUUUAUCCGGAACAAUCACGCAAACGGAAUAAUAUUUCUAUGGGACUUGGCUUUAUAUCACUUGGUCUGUUGGCUCCAUGCCUAGUCAACUACCGCAAUGCUGGAGGGGAAUCCAAAGAUGAAUCUCUCACUCGACGUUUACAACCGUAUGGUAUAAAUUAUUCGGAUGCCUACACACUUGAAUAUCCACGUUAUACAAAGAUUGUACCAUUGAAUCGAUACAUGCAUCGUGUAAAAAAUUUUCAUCAAGCUUUACGAAUGAAAUAUUUUUAUCAUUGUUUAUCUUAUAUUGUUUUCCUGUUCAUUUUUUCUUACAUGAUUCUAUUUAAUUUUCAAUUGCCAACAGAUAAAAUUCCUUCAAUCCAUUGGACUGAAAUUGUAACAAUUAUUCUAGUUUCGUCCAUGUUAAUUGAAGAAAUUCAUUAUUUCGUCAGCCUGGAUAACUUAAGUUUUCCGGGGAAAUGUUUUAAUUAUUUUCGUAAUUUAUUUAAAAUUAUGACGAUUGUUGGUUUUAUUCUAUUCUACGUUGGACUAGUUCUAAGGUUUACUCAUGCGACUACAGACGAAGAAUUUUUUGCAGCAAGGAUAGUCAUGGCGAUCGAUCUAGAGAUUUGGUGGCUUCGUUCUCUCUCAUUUAUUCUUGUUGUACGAUUCCUUGGUCCACAUAUUGUAGCUAUUGGGAAAAUGCUUAAGGAUCUGGCAUUUUUUAUGUGUAUUAUUGCUAUUGUGAUGACUGGCUAUGGCGUAGCUUCACGCGCAAUGGUAUAUUAUCCAAAUGCUAAUAGAUUUAAUGAAACUGGCAUUAGCAUUGCAUUUAAUGGUAGAGAUAUUUUCCGUCAAAUUGCAUAUCCGGUGUAUUAUUUAAUGUACGGGGAAUUCGGCACUGAAUUAGAUGACCUUGAUAACAAUCGUGAUGAAGCUUGGUCAAUAUCAACACAUGUAUUACUUGCCGUUCAUAUGCUUUUUGUGAAUAUUCUACUUACUAAUUUACUCAUUGCCAUGUUUAGUAAACGAUUCGAUCAAGUGUACGAAGAUACACAAAACAUUUGGCAUACACAACAAUAUAUAUUUACACGCGAAUAUUAUACACGUGCACCCUUUUUUCCACCAAUAAGUCUUAUCUAUGAUAUGUAUUAUCUAUGUCGUUUGACAUUUUUUAAUAUAAGACGAGUUUGCUUUAAAAAGUCAGCUGAUCCGCGAGCCAAAACGUUUAAGAUGAUACCCAUCGACAAAAGUUGUGUUAAAGAUUGGUACCAAUUUGAGGCUGCAUCGACAUAUGAAUAUGCUCAUCAAGAAGUCAAAGCAUUAAAAGCUGUGUUAAUGACAUCGUCGAAUGGCUCCGAUUUGCAUUGCAUUGAAAAAAGAGAAGAUAACAAUGAUAGUAUGAAUGAUUCAAACAAUUCAAAUAGUAAUAUACGACAAAUACAGGAUGAUCUAGCAAAAUUAAAUCAAUCAUUUGAAGAUAUUAAAGGACAAUUAAAAACAUUAAUUGAAAAAUCUUAG